GAGGUAAGUGCUGUCUAUUAACUCUUUUAGCACGAUUGGCCAUGAUCGUGACUUUGCCGGGAAGCACGGGGAAGGCGAUUUUAAUUACUUUUAUUGCAAAAAAAUGGUUUGUCUCCCUUUGAUCGUUCUCUGGCUUGGGUUGGCUGGGGCAAUGGAGUUCAAGAGCAUAGCACAUAUUAAGAGCAAGACUUCUGACAUUGAGCAAACAGCUACAGUAAGAGAAAUGGCUGCAAGAGUCACUGGAGAAAGAGCAAAAGAUUUUGUUCUUAUUGUGAAUUCUUCUAUGGCCAUUUCUAAUAAAGACACAUAUCAGCUAGAAACCGUGGACUCCAAGUUACAGAUCACGGGUUCUUCUGGCAUUGCAGUGGCAAUGGGUUUUUAUUUCUACCUAAAGUACUACUGUAACAGCCAAUUUACAUGGGGAGGACAGAAUAUCAACUUGCCUGAUCCACUUCCAGCUGUUAAAGGAACAGUUACCACUACUGCUCAAGACAGAUUCCGAUACUAUCAGAAUGUGUGCACUGUCAGCUACUCGUUUGCUUUUUGGGACUGGGAGAGAUGGGAGCGUCACAUUGAUUGGAUGGCACUCAAUGGCAUUAAUCUUCCAUUGGCAUUCACUGGACAGGAGGCCAUUUUUCAGCGACUUUACAUGAAUAUGGGAAUUAGCAAUGAAGAUCUGGAAGGAUUUUUUGGUGGGCCUGCAUUCUUAGCAUGGUCCAGAAUGGGAAAUAUCCAGGGAUGGGGAGGACCUCUACCUCAGAUGUGGAUCACAAAUCAGCUGCUGCUGCAGCAUCGCAUCUUACAGAGAAUGCGAGGGUUUGGCAUGGUUCCUGUGCUGCCUGCUUUUGCUGGUCAUGUGCCUGCAUCUUUUACCAAAGUGUUUCCACAAGCCAAAGUGACAAGAUUGGGAGGAUGGAGUCGGUUCAAUUCAACAUAUUCUUACACAUAUUUGUUAGAUUUCAACGAUCCUCUGUUUAAAGUUAUUGGGGCAACAUUUAUACAGCUGAUGAAUAGUGAGUUUGGAGUGGACCAUAUCUAUAAUGCAGACACAUUCAAUGAAAUGACACCAGCUUCAAGCUCCACCAGCUAUUUGGCAUCUGCAGGUGAGGCAGUGUACAAAGCCAUGCUGGCAGGAGACCCUGAUGCAGUAUGGUUGAUGCAAGGGUGGUUGUUCAUGGAUUCAAAUUUUUGGAAGCCUCCACAGAUUAAAGCCUUACUUACUUCUGUACCUUUGGGGCGGAUGAUAAUUUUAGAUUUAUUUGCUGAGUUAUCUCCAGUAUACCAGAGAACCGAAUCCUUUUAUGGCCAGCCCUUCAUCUGGUGCAUGUUACAUAACUUUGGAGGUACAAUGGAGCUGUAUGGUGCCUUGGACAAUUUAAAUAAUGGUCCAUCAGUUGCCAGAAAAUUUAACAACAGCACCAUGAUUGGAACUGGUCUAACUCCAGAAGGAAUCUUUCAGAAUGAAGUAAUCUAUGAAUUUAUGAAUGAGAACGCUUGGAGAGAUGGGCCUCGUGAUAUUGAUUCUUGGUUGGCCUCUUACAUACAACAAAGGUAUAACUAUACAAGCUCUGCUGUCAUCGAGGCUUGGUAUCUUCUUAAGUCAAGUGUAUACAACUGUACUCGGACAUCUCAUCAUGACUUCGAUCUAGUACUGAUAACACAGCGUCCUCAUUUGGGAUACGAUAUUUCAAGUGAUGUGUGGUAUGAUCCAGAGAUGCUGUUUACUGCAUGGGACAACCUGCUUGAGGCUUCUGCAGAUUUUAACCCAAAUGAACUUUUCAUAUAUGACUUGGUGGAUGUCACACGCAACAGCCUGCAGAUUUUGUCGUUGUCUUAUUACUCCAGUCUCAUAAAGGCCUACAAUGCCAGGGACACGGUGGGAGUUAGGGAGUACGGAAUGAAAAUGGUGGAACUUCUUAUGGACAUGGAUACGCUUCUGGCAUCAGAUAAGCAUUUCCUUCUAGGCCGCUGGCUUGCAGAUGCAGCCUCCUGGGGAACUGAUAUGGCAGAAAAGUUCUUGAUGCUGUACAACGCCCGCAACCAGAUUACACUGUGGGGCCCAAGUGGUGAGAUAGUAGACUAUGCUUCAAAGCAGUGGUCUGGCUUGUUUAAAGAUUACUACGCUCCACGUUGGAUGUUCUUCUCUGAUUGGUUGGCACAACUGAUAGAGAAUGGAACUAAAUUUGACAACUAUAUCUUUGUGGAGCAUAUCAUGAAGGCUGUUGAGACACCCUUCACUUUAAACCUUGACAUGUACACCACGAACGCUACAGGCAAUUCUCUCUCACUUGCUAGAGAGCUACAUGACAAGUACAGACCAGAGUCUAGGAAGGAGUUUUUCCAACUAUUGCCCAAAACAUCAACUUCAUUAACCUUCAGUUCCAGGGGAAAAUCAAAGGCAUUUAAACAGAGGUAUCAGAAGGGUCUGUUGUCCAUGUUACACAGUGGAAGGGAUCAGGAGUUCGGAAUGUCUGGCUGGUAACAACAGGAAUGAUGUUUAUAUUGACUCCUUGUGGCCUUACUGCCUUUUCAUUGCCACUAUGUUCACUUGAGCACAAAGUGUAAUCAAUCAAUUUUUGCAUUUUUGAUGACUUAUUUAUUUUAUUAAUUGGAUUUUCAAAAGUACUUAAUAAAGUAUGGAAAAGUAGUAAUUGCCUUAAAUACCUUGUGCUCUGCUAGCCACGCAGUAUUGUAUAGACAAUUUAUAUUAGAGCAUAUACUGCAGGGAGAUGAGGCAGAGUGCUAAACAUUGUGGUAUAAUAUAGCUGUCCUGUCAACUUUUGUUAUGCUUGGGAUACUGCUGUUUCUUUUCAGCUUGUAGUAGCCCUGGUAUACUGUUGCCUUCUCUCAGUCGUUUGUUAGCUUGGAUUUGUCUAAUACUAGGUAGUAGGAGUAAUUUUUUUCACCUUUCCAGAUUUUCUGAGCACAAUAUCAGUAUACCUGCAUCUCACACUCGCGCACGCACGCAGCCAGAUUAAAAGGGGAGGGGGAAGUCUCCCUUGGGCUAGCUGCUACAUGAUUUGACAUCGAUAUGUUGUGUACAGCAAUAAGCAUCAUAUUGCUCAUUUAAAAGGACAUUGCUUUAAUGUAAUGUUAAUGAUUUUGAUCUCAUGGGCAGCUGUACACAAUGUAAAGAUGUUCAGAUAAAGAAGGUCUUAUUUGUAUAUUGCUCAAUAUGACGACAAUAUGUAGUCAUUGUUAAUAUACCUGUUUGUAACAUUUUGGAUACCGUUUGAUGACAGCGGUUGCCCCCCGUUUUGUUUGGUGCAGUGUUUUAAUAAAAUUGUGAUCACAUUGAA